GAGCACUUCGCCUGCGCCAACGAUCCUUCAACUCAUGCGCAGCCACCCAUAGCACGGGCCCUAGGGCUCUUAUGAACUGGAGUCUUAUGUAGCCUGUCAUGGCCGCUCAAAAGCCGACGUUGCUUUACGGCAUGCUUGCCAAGGAUGUGCCUGAUUGUCGAAGCGGUCGAAUAGAGCGAAUUCCGCACAUCAGGUAGCGAAUGUUCAAGACGCCAUAAUGCCCUCGCAGCUCACACAGAAUGACCUUGCCAUCCCGCAGGACCCCUUCCUGCCGCAAGGAAGACCUCUAGGACCAGUCUUUCUCGAUACCGAAGCAUGCCUCUGUGCUCUACGAGGGACGAAUCAUGUACACAGCGGUGAGAGUGCAUGGGAAUGUAUCGGGAACCAGACACAGGGCGUAUACGAAGUGCAGACGGGGAAGUGGUUCAAUAACAUAGGAGAUGGCACUUUACGGGACGGCCUCGGAAUGUCAGACGCGUCGAACACUCCCGAUACCAGCAAAGCUUUAAUGUAUAAUAACGGCACGAGCUCCUUGGUCGACAUCGUCCCCAGCGAGCUUAGUGUAUGGGAUCAAGCCUGCACCGGCAGGAAUCGCUCAUCGUUCUCGACCUCUUACUACAGGUCUGUAGUUGCAGCUGAGAGCAAUGAUACACCCACCGACGCAGCUCCGUGUUGGCGACCCGGAGCAUUUCCGAUACAGAUCCAAGAAGUAACGGAUUGGCAAACAAAUGGAUGUAACGAGGGUUUUCUAUGUGCUAAUAAUACGGUUAACUCGUUACCACAAUUCUGUCCUCCCAUUACAGAUUGUCAAAUAGCGAGACUAGCGGGUUUUACGUGCUCGUUGGGCGGUACAAACAUCGCAAUGGGGCCUUUCGAACCUGUGGUAUGUCAGCAAGGGUGGUACUGUCCGAAAUCUUCGGGGGGAACAGAAACGCUCCGUUGCCCAACCGGCACGUACUGCCAACCUGGUGCUCCUACACCCACACCAUGUAGCGUUGGAAGUUGGUGCCCGGAGGGUUCGACGUACGAGACAUUCGUGAUACCCAUUGUCAUAUUGAUUCUAGUCGACCUUUUACUCGCCAUCAUAUUCCUGUGGUAUUUCCUUCGCAAACGUUUCUUCAGGAGUCGUGAACAGACAAUCAAUGGUGUGCGCAAGGGGAAAACCACCUUUAAGAGGCCCAUGGCUGGUUAUAAACCUCUAGAAGCGGACCACGAGAUGCUCCCGAUGCAAGCUACCUACAUGCCGACUCGAGACGCGUGGACCGGAUUUGAGGCCGCCCUCAACUUCCCCACGCCUCGAAGUUCUACGUUGAACAUCCCCGAAACCGAGUUCUCGCCCGAGCUCAGGGCUUUCGUCGAGUCUAUGAGAAGGGCAACCGACGGCGCAAAAUUCGGCUUAUCGUUUGCGUAUUCCAACUUGAGCUUCCAUCCUAAAGGGAAUCCUAAACCGAUCCUUCAGGCCGUCACCGGGUCUAUCGAGCGUGGAUCUCUAACUGCGGUUAUGGGCGGUUCCGGAGCCGGCAAGAGCACAUUUGUUAACGUACUAAUGGGCAAAGUGACUAACACUAGCGGCACUGUCAUGAUUAAUAACGUGCCUGGUAAGAUCAAGAGGUACAAAAAGCUCAUCGGUUACGUUCCUCAAGAUGACAUUGUGCUGCCCGAAUUAACGGUCUACGAGAAUAUCCUUCAUUCGGCAAGGAUACGCUUACCCCGUGCCUGGAAAGAAGUUGACAUCCAAGCACACGUUAACUCCGUCAUCGACUGUUUGGAAUUGUCUCAUGUACGCGACUCCCUAGUCGGCAGUGUGGGAAAGCCCGUGAUCAGUGGUGGUCAGCGAAAACGAGUUAGUAUCGGCAUGGAACUCGCCGCCGCACCCAUGGCCAUCUUCCUCGACGAGCCCACCAGCGGCCUCGACGCCACCUCCGCCACUUCGAUCAUGCGGACCCUCAAAGCCAUCGCGCGCCUCGGCAUCUCCGUCAUCGUCAUCAUUCACCAGCCGCGCAUGGAGAUCUUCGAGAUGCUCGACGACCUGAUCCUGCUCGCCAACGGCCAGAUCAUCUACGAGGGCCCGGAGACCGGCGUCCGCGACUUCUUCGAGAACGUCGGCUUCCAGUUCCCGACGCACAGCAACUUCGGCGACGUCGUCACCGACAUCGUCACCGGCAACGGCCGCGCCUACAAGCGCAGCGGCGACAUCUCCAAGGACUCGCUGAUCGCGUACUGGGCGCAGUCCCGCGAGAACAGCUCCAUCAAAGAGAAGCACGCCUCGAUGCGGUACUCGCGCACCUCCAUCGCCGAGAACAACAGCAAGAACCGCGAGCUGCUCCGCACCCGCGGCGCCCCGCGCCUCAAGCAGCUCUGGCUCUGCCUCGCGCGCGCCAUGCUCCAGCAGUGGCGCGCCAGGACCGCCUUCUGCUUCGAGAUGGGCCUGGCCUCCGUCGCCGGGCUGCUGCUCGGCCUGGCGCAGAACUCGAAGAAGGGCGUGCUGUUCACGGGCAUCUACAACGCGCCGUACGACGUGCUCUCGCUGGCCACAGACGUCAAGUCCGUGCCCCAGCUCGCGCUGCUGACCGUCAUCGCCAUCGGCCUCGUCGCCGCCGCCCCCGGCGUCCGCGUCUUCUCCGAGGAGAUGCUGCUGUACCGCCGCGAGGCGGAGGCGGGCCACUCGCGCAUCGCGUAUUUCAUGGCGAAGAACCUGUCGGUGCUGCUGCGCAUGGUGUUCGGGUGCAUGCACUUCACGACGCUGCUGCUGAUCCUCUCCGUCCCCAUCAUCGGCUGGGGCACCGCGUUCAUGGCGAACCUGGUCUACUUCUACUGCAUCUACGGGCUGGCGAGCUGCGUGAGCAUGGUCGUGCGCCGCGAGGACGCGCCCCUCAUCGCGACCAUGAUCAGCCUCAUCGUCGGCAUCUUGUGCGGCGCGGCGCCGCCGCUCGCCAGCGUCAUCGGAUGGCACAUGGAGUGGCUGUGGCGGGCCUCCCCCGCGACCUGGCUCGCGGAGCUGUACUUCGGACGCAUGAUCGAGCCGUUCCGGUACUUGUAUAACGUGGACUUGGCCGCGCAGCAGGUCGGCUUUCACCUAGACAGGAAUUGGACCAAUAUAGGCAUCAUUGUGGCUAUUGGGACGGCGUACAGAGUGCUUGCGUGGCUUGGGUUGCUGGUAGGGAGUAGAUUGCGCAUAUAGAGCGCGUAUCAUAUACAAAUACCUAGAAGAAUUGUAUUUAGACUUCUGCAUUGCAUGGUUAGGGGCGGCAUAUAUAUACCUAUACUACCAUACUAUUGUAUGAGUACCUAGUUGUUUAAAUUUUAAAAGUAGUUCAAAGGCGUCAGAUCUGAAUGAAGUCGGAGUUUGUAUAUAUACGUAUAUAGAGCUCUUCAUUCCGGGACCUUUACAUUCAUACAUUCGAGUUUCUCGAGGGGUAAUCAAUGGCAUUCAAGUCCAGAACGUGCUCCAGAGCUUAUGAGAUACGUUAGAAGAGCA